AUGACCAUUUUCUUAGGAAUAUACAGGGCCAUUUACCAAUAUGAGCCGCAAUCUCCGGAAGAAUUGGCAAUCGACGAAAACGAUCUGUUGUAUUUGCUUCAAAAAUCGGAUGUAGACGAUUGGUGGACAGUGAAAAAACGGGUCAUUGGAGCAGAUAUCGAUGAGCCCAGUGGACUGGUGCCUAAUAAUUAUAUUGAAGAGGCUCCUGUGAUUGGAGUUCGACGCGCGCUUUACGAUUAUUUGGACGUGCAAAACCCUGAUGAAGAAAUGGUGUUCCACGAAAACGAUACGUUUGAUGUAUUUGACGACCGAGAUCCCGAUUGGGUGUUGUGUCGGUCUCAGAAGACUAAGGAAUGUGGGUUUGUACCGGGGAAUUAUAUUGAGGCGGCGGUGCCGGGCGGCAGUGCAGCAAUUGCCGCACCGCCCGCAACCAGUGUGGCGAGCAGCGCACCCGCUGUCGAUAUCACCAGCUUUCCUCCACCCCCACAACACGUGGCACGUAGUAAUGCUGUUAGUUCGGAAAGAUUGGCCGAUGAUAACGAAGAAGCUCCUCCGAUAAUGCCGUCCAGACCCAGUGCAUCCCUAGACGAAGAUGAUGAAUAUCAUUCUGCUGUGGCCCCGGUUCCUUUGCCCGUGGGCACUGCUGAAGAAGCACCCCCCUCCAAACCCUCAAGACCUAUGAGUGAAUCUCGCGUUAGACCGUCUCUCGAUGAUGAUUAUACGGACGAGUAUAAUCGUCAAGCCGGCAGUUCCGCGGCUGAAUCCAGUCGUGGAGAUGGUGACUUUCAAUCGUGGGAAAUUUCAGAAGUAGACGGCCGCAAAAAACGUAAAGCAAAACUUGCCAUUGGUCGCGAUGCCAUUUACUUCACAUCUGCCAAGAACGGACCUCAACAAUGGGAUAUAAAAGAUCUGAUGUCCUACGAUAAUGAAAAGAAACACAUUUUUCUCGAGUUCUCCAACCCCUACGCGAACAUUGAGAUCCACACGGGCACCACCGACAUUGCCAAUGAAAUCAUUUUCUACUUGAGCGAAUUGAAAGGUGCCUCCAAAGCCCAUGGCUUGCGGGAAGUGGAGGAAGCUUCCAAAUCUUCCAGUAAAAAACAAGGUAAAAUCGUGUACGAUUUCAUUGGUGAGUCCAGAGAUGAGCUGAGUGUGAAAGAAGGUGACAUUGUGAAUAUUUUGAAUGAUCGCAAAUCGGAGGAUUGGUGGAUGUGCGAACUAGUAAGUACAGGCCAACAAGGUGUCAUUCCUGCUCAAUUUGUUGAACCUAUGAACCAAUUGUCAUUCAUGGCUGGGACGUUAAAAAAAUUGGGGAAAGUCGGUAAGAGUUCCAAAAACUCCGGCAACUGGAAAGAUGACGAAGAACAGGAUGGUUCCAAGUCGGCUAAAAAAUCGUCUCGCAAACGCGGUUCUUCUAUCUUGAGUAAAAAGAAAGAUAAGGAUUCCUCGAGUUCUAAAAAGCACAAGGACUAUCCAGAUUCCAAAAAAACCCGUAUAUGGGUCGACCGCAGUGGUACUUUCAAGGUCGAAGCGGAAUUCAUUGGAUGUCACGACGGUAAGAUUCAUUUGCAUAAGGCAAACGGUGUGAAAAUCGCCGUUGCCGCAGAUAAGUUAUCCCCCGAUGAUUUAAUCUAUGUCGAAAGAACAACGGGUAUGUCCUUGGACAAAUACAAACCAAAGACCUCCGGCAGUCCAAAGAGUGCCAGGGACAAGGAACGCGAGAGAAGAAGAAAAUUGAAAGACCAAGAUGAACGUGAACGCGAAAAGGAAGAAAGGGAACGCGAAAGAAGAUUACGAGAACGUGAACUUGAAGAGCUACGUAAAGCCAGAGACUUGCUAGAUAAAGAAAGAGCGUCAAUGAAGGCCGCUCGCGAUAAGGAUUUACCUCCCAUCAAACCUCCCAGACCCAACCAAUCGUCAAGUGGAACUAAUAUUGCGUCUCUUGGUCCACCAAAAAGUGAAAGUAAAAAUCCUGAUUAUGAUUGGUUUGAGUUUUUCCUCAACUGCGGUGUUGACGUGAACAAUUGUCAACGUUAUGCUAUCAAUUUUGAAAGAGAGCAAAUCGCAGAGGAAAUUUUACCAGACAUUCAGCCCUCAUUAUUAAGAACACUUGGUCUUCGCGAAGGAGACAUAAUUAGAGUUAUGAAAUUUUUGGACCAGAAGUUUGGCAGGGAGAAAAAUGAGGCUUUAGCUACCGGUGGUGGCUUGUUCUCAGAGUCGAACGGAGCUUUGAAAGUAUCUCGGACUGGCGACACAACUGGGCUUGCUCAGAAUUUGCUCCCUCAACAAUUGGGAGUGCCAAAUACGUCACAAGAGGAUGAUGCUUGGACUGUGAAGCCUGCCGUUUCUUCUGCAACUGCCACCUUGAAGCCAAACUCCGAAUUUAGCGGCUCUAUGCAAGACUUACUCGACCUUCAGCCAUUGGAGCCAAAAAAGACCGCUGCGUCUGCUCAACAAAUUUCUGCUCCCCAGCCCAAUCUUCAAAGCCUUGAAUCUGUCAAAACCGGCAAUUCCAUUAGACAACAAGAACCUCUUCUUAUGGACAGGACCGGGGCCUCCAUAGCUCCUUUGGAUCCUUUCAAAACGGGAGGAAAUAAUCUUUUGCCGAUGGCCACCGGAGGGUUUGUCAUGGUUCCUGUUGCCACAGGCGGCUUGAUUCCUUUUCAAAGAACAGGGGGACUCGCAAUGCCACAAACGACAUUUGGAAUGCAACCUACUGGAACCAUUUUACCAGUCCAAAAAACAGGAAGUGGCCUUGUUCCUGUAAACACUGGUGGAUUUUUACCACAAACCACCUUCGGAAUGCAAAACACAGGUGGUCCCAUGCAGCUUCAGACUACAGGCGGUGCUUUGCCAUCGCAACCGAGGUUUUUGGGUGGUCAAUCUACUGGGGGGUUUAUGCCCUCUAGCAAUGUGAUGCCUGUUCAAAAUACAGCGGGCCUCAUGCCAUUACCUCAAACAUCCUUCAACCAGCCUGCGAGCAGUUUUAUGCAACAAAAUAUGACUGGUUCCUUGCCUCUCCAAAGAACUGGAGGAGGAAUGAAUUUCGCUCAAGCCCCGACUGGAUUUCAACAAACCGGUACCGCCAAUUUCGUUCCCUCACAAUUCACUGGUGGGAUGACAGGAGUUAACAUGGGUGUUCCACAAACUUCUUUUAAUUCUCAAAUCUCAAAUGUAACAGGCAACUAUCCUCUGAACACAUUUGGGAGUCAAAUGACUGGUGGUGCUAAUUACGGGAACGCUUUGAACACGCAUGCUACAGGAGGCAUGGCUCAAGGCAACUUUAACGCAUACGGACCAAUAAACACAGGCAUCCAAAUGACCGGAGGCGGAAAUCCGUCAUUAAUGCUUGGCGGGCAACAAACCGGUGGUUUCCAGCCACAAUCCCAAUUUGGCUUAAAUCUACAACGCACGGGGGGCAUGAACACCUCAUUCCCACAAACGUCCUUCAAUUACAAUUCACAGGUUCCAGCCAAUACCCUAGGAAAUAAUCUGACGGGUGGUGUUAACCAAAUUAACAAUAUGAUGCAAAAUACGUCCCUUUCACAAGCACCACUUCAAACUCAGCCAACCGGCUUUGGAUUCGGGAACGGUCCACAGCCUCAAGGGAGGCAGGCAAACCUGUAUAAUGCAAGUGCUGAUAACCCGUUCGGCUUUUAA